AUGCCCGUGCCGUGCCACCAGAGCCCGGUGCUGGCCGGGAGCGUCACUCUGGCUACCCUGGGAGCCCUGGUUCUGUACUUGGGGAAACCUUCUCCUUAUGGAAAGUACAGCAACAGCUUGGCACCCGGGACCCCCAGCCUGCCCGCCAGCGCCGCCUGGUUCCUGCAGGAGCUGCCCUCCUUCAUGGUGCCCGCGGGCAUCUUCGCCUGGCAGCCUCACUCGCUCUUUGGACGGCCCGAGACUGUGCUACUGGGUCUCUUCUGCUCGCAUUACUUCUACAGGACAUUUAUUUACUCCUUGCUCACCAGAGGGAGACCCUUUCCAGCCUGGAUCCUUUUCAGAGCCCUUGUCUUCUGCAUUGGAAACGGAUUCCUGCAAGCCUACUAUCUGAUUUACUGUGCGGAGUACCCAGAGGAGUGGUACACAGACGUACGAUUCAGCCUGGGUGUCUUCCUAUUUAUUUUGGGAAUGGGCAUCAACGUUCAUAGUGACUAUGUAUUGCGCCAGCUCAGGAAGCCCGGAGAAAUCAUCUACAAGAUUCCACAAGGUGGCUUGUUCACGUAUGUUUCGGGAGCCAAUUUCCUUGGUGAGAUCAUUGAGUGGAUUGGCUAUGCCUUGGCCUCUUGGUGCCUUCCAGCUCUUGCGUUUGCAUUUUUCUCCCUUUGUUUUCUGGGCAUGCGAGCUUUCCACCAUCACAGGUUCUACCUCAAGAUGUUCGAGGACUACCCAAGAUCUCGGAAAGCCCUGGUUCCAUUCAUCUUUUAAAGAAACCAAAUUGAAAAGGAGUAAA